AUGUCUCUAAUUUCUACUCACACAGUCGCCGAGCACGCCACUGUUUCAAGCUGUUGGAUAAUCGUUCAUGGCAAAGUGUAUGAUGUUACAGAUUUUCUGCCCGAACAUCCUGGUGGUAGCAAGAUCAUUCUGAAGUAUGCUGGUGCGGAUGCAACUGAAGCAUAUGACCCUAUUCACCCUCCGGAUGCCAUUACGACCCAUCUACCCAAGGAAAAGCACCUUGGCGUUAUUGAUCCGAAUACUGUAGUCAAAAUUGUCAAGGAAGCCACUGCAGAAGAGAAUAUUCGCCAAGAAUUGAUAGCAACUCGGCCCUCCCUGGAUGAAAUCGUUAAUCUGCAUGAUUUCGAGGCGAUCGCAAAAGCAAUCCUCUCUCCUAAAGCAUGGGCUUACUACUCCUCAGCAAUAUGGUUCCGUCCCCGUAUUCUUCGUGACGUUUCGGUUGUCGAUUGGUCGACAACUAUUCUCGGUCAGAGAUCCUCGCUUCCGGUAUACAUUUCUGCUACAGCCCUUGGCAAGCUUGGCCAUCCAGAUGGAGAACUCAACCUCACCAGAGCAGCCGGCAAGCAUGGCGUAAUCCAGAUGAUCCCAACACUUGCAUCUUGCGCAUUCGAUGAGAUCGUUGAUGCCGCGGUCCCCGGCCAGGUCCAGUUCCUGCAGCUAUAUGUCAACCGUGACCGAGAGAUCACAAGGAAGUAUGUCCAACAUGCUGAGAAGCGUGGUGUCAAGGGCCUCUUCAUUACCGUCGACGCCCCUCAGCUGGGUCGGCGCGAGAAGGAUAUGCGCAUGAAAUUCGUUGGUGACUCAGGGGUUGCAAAAGUCCAAGAGAAUCAGUCCGGAAUCAGAAAGGAUGAAGGCGUUGCCCGCGCCAUAUCUUCCUUCAUUGAUCCUUCCUUAUCAUGGAAGGACAUUCCCUGGUUCAGGAGCAUCACCAAUAUGCCCAUCGUCCUCAAGGGUGUUGCUACACCUGAAGACGCACUCAUGGCCUACGACUAUGGUCUUGCUGGAAUUGUGCUAUCUAAUCACGGUGGCCGACAACUAGACACGGCUCGAUCCGGUGUCGAGAACCUGAUGGAGGUUGUUGCCGCUCUCAAGACCCGUGGCCCUUGGCCCAACCCUAAAUUUGAAGUCUUCGUUGAUGGUGGCGUUCGGAGAGCCUCCGACGUCCUCAAGGCUAUCGCGCUUGGGGCAUCUGCCGUUGGUGUUGGUCGAGCAUUUAUGUACUCGUUCUGUGCCUAUGGACAGGAAGGCGUUGAAAAAGCGUUUGAAAUCAUCCGGGAUGAGCUGAUGAUGAACAUGCGGCUUCUUGGCGCUCGUACCAUAGAUGAACUGUCGCCUGAAAUGGUUGAUGCAAACGCCCUGCACUCGCACGUCGGUCUCACACCUCCAGAUAACCUAUAUAAUACUACAUAUCAACCCCUGGCACUUGCCCAGUUCAAGACCAAGCUGUAA